GAUCUCCGCUAAGUGAAACCUCUGCUUUCCCGGUUCAAGCAAUUUUCCUGCCUCAGCCUCCCGAGUUGCUGGAACUAGAGGCGCGCGCGCUGGCUAAUAUUUUAUAUUUUAGUAGAGACGUGGUUUCACCGAGACCAAGAUGGUCUCGAUCUCCUGACCUCGUGAUCUGCCCGCCUCAGUCUCCAAAAGUGCUGGGAUUACAGGCAUGAGCCACCGCGUCCGUCCAGCUCUUCUGAGUAUUUGAGAAAUGCAUUUGUGAGUGUCGGAGUUGAAUCUUUUGAUGAGAAAAUCUGGUUUUCCUGCUACUGGGAUUCCGGGAUUCCCGGGGUUGGGGUGGCCCAGUUCUUGCGAGAAGCAAUACCGGGCGGUGCCGUGAGGCGCACAGUGCGUCCAACUAUCCCAAGCGCGUGGAGCCUUUCCGACCCUCCGGCUGCGCCCCCCCGACUCAGGCCUCUCCGGGCGGUGCCGGGAGCCUUUGUGACGCGGCGUUCCAGUCCCUGCAGAGCCGGUAGCCAGAGCCGCCCUGAGACAGGAGCCGGCGGCGACAGCGGCGGCAUGAACUGCUACCAGCUACCGGUGGUGAUCGACAACGGCUCAGGAGUGAUCAAGGCGGGCCUGGCUGGGUCCCGGGAGCCCCAGUUUAUCUACCCGAACAUUAUCGGCCGCGCCAAGGGCCAGAGCCCAGCGGCUCAGGGCGGGCUAGAACUCUGCGUGGGCGACCAAGCCCAGGCCUGGAGAAGUUCGCUGUCCAUCAGUUACCCAGUGGAGCGAGGUCUCAUUACUUCAUGGGAGGACAUGGAGAUCAUGUGGAAGCAUAUCUAUGAUGAUAACCUGAAGCUGAAGCCAUGUGAUGGUCCAGUCUUGAUUACUGAGCCAGCCCGGAACCCACUGGCCAACCGGCAACAGAUCACAGAGGUGUUUUUUGAGCAUCUGGGUGUUCCUGCCUUCUAUAUGUCCAUCCAGGCUGUGCUAGCUCUCUUUGCUGCUGGCUUCACCACUGGCCUUGUGCUGAAUUCAGGAGCUGGGAUUACCCAGAGUGUGCCCAUCUUUGAGGGUUACUGUCUGCCUCAUGGUGUGCAGCAGCUGGAUCUGGCUGGCCUUGACCUCACUAACUACCUCACGGUGCUAAUGAAGAACCAUGGUAUCUUGUUGCUUAGUGCUUCAGACAGAAAGAUUGUUGAAGACAUCAAGGAGACCUUUUGUUAUGUGGCAACGAACUAUGAAGAAGAAAUGGCCAAGAAACCUGAUUGUCUAGAAAAAGUUUACCAGCUACCUGAUGGGAAGGUCUUCCGGCUCCAUGACCAACUCUUUUCUUGUCCAGAGGCCCUCUUCUCUCCGUAUCAUAUGAAUCUUGAGGCCCCUGGCAUUGAUAAGAUGUGUUUCAGCAGCAUAAUGAAAUGUGACAUAGGCCUGAGGAAUUCCUUCUUUUCCAAUAUUAUCCUUGCCGGGGGAUCAACCUCUUUCCCUGGUUUAGAGAAGCGGUUAGUUAACGAUAUAGCAAAGGUGGCUCCUGCCAACACCCCUGUGCAAGUUACAGCUCCUCCAGAAAGGAGAAUAUCAGUGUGGAUGGGAGGUUCUAUUCUUGCAUCCUUGUCUGCCUUUCAGGACAUGUGGAUCACUGCUGCAGAAUUUAAAGAAGUUGGACCCAACAUAGUACACCAGAGAUGCUUCUGAAAUACAAAUAAAUUGGUUAGAAGAAAAUGUUUUGAGUAUAUGUGACAGAAAACUUUGGAUAUUAUAUGUUUCUUGGAGAAUAGAAAAUACCUCAAUUAUUGGGAUGCCAAUAUUUCUGUUGUAUUUCUAUAAUGGGUGGGGGGGAUAAUAAUGGUAAAGCUCAAGAACAGAUGUCUAUUGAGUAGAACCAAGUUAAAAUAAUGUUUUCUAUGGUGCUUCUUCUAUAAGUUGACGUUGGUGAGCUUAUAUUUCCUUUGGAAGAGGGCAAUUUGUGGUACAAUAUGCUAUGUGCCAAAUGAGUGAUAAGAUUUAAGCUAUUGAAGUUUAGGGAAAGAAGGUUGCUGUGGUGAGGAAAGAGACUCCAUAGCAGAGGUAUGCCAUCAUGGAAGGGGUGGCAUUGGGAUGGAAAGCAGAUAUCCAGGCGAGCAUACUAAAAUGAACAAGUUGCUAAAGAUGAGGCUGGAGUAUAGUCCUGCAAUCAUAGCUUAUGCAGCCUCCAACUCCUGGGCUCCACCCUUAGCUUCCAAAGUAGCUGAAUCCACAGGUGUGCACUCCCACACCCAGCUUAGACUGAUUUUGUUAAGUGAAGAGCAGAGCAAGAGCAGGUCAAGCGAAGGCCAGGGACUAAAAGGCUUUAAGUGCUAAAUAUUCAAUACUUAAAGGGGAGAAAUUAAAAGCAGGAGCCAUAAGGAAACUAUGUUAUGAUGAAUGUGGUGAUAGUUUGGAGAAUAAAUUGAAUGGGGAAGGCCCCGGAGAUUCGGUGAUCAAUUAGAAAGUCACUAGUCCAGAUAUAAAGUGGCAAAUCUAGUACUCAAGAUUAUUAACAAUAGGAAUUAAAAAAAAAGAAAUUACAAAAACUAACAAGAUUUGGUGGCUAAUUAGAUAUGAAGGGGAAAAAAAGGGGUCUGAAAUAAUGUGGGAAGCUAAGAGAAUGGUGGUAGUGUUGACACAUAACUCAAAGCACUUAGCAUCUGCUCUAUGUAAGGUACUGUGCUAAGUGCAGUCCUUGCCGGGGGAUCAACCUCUUUCCCUGGUUUAGAGAAGCAGUUAAGGAUAUAGCAAAGGUGGCUCCUGCCAGCACCCCUGUGCAAGUUACAGCUCCUCCAGAAAGGAGAAUAUCAGUGUGGAUGGGAUUACAGAAGUCAGAUUCUGUCCUUAAAAAACUUUACAACCAAGGCCGGGCAUGGUGGCUCACGCCUGUAAUCCGGCCACUGAGGUGGGUGGAUCAUGAGGUCAGGAGUUCAAGACCAGCCUGGUCAAGAUGGUGAAACCCCAUCUGUACUAAAAAUACAAACAAAAUUAGCCGGGCACAGGGGCUCACGCCUGUAAUCCCAGCACUUUGGGAGGCCGAGGCAGGUGAGCAGUUCGAGACCAGCCUGGCCAACAUGGUGAAACCUUGGCUCUACAAAAAUUACAAAAAUUAGCUGGGCGUGGUGGUGCAUGCCUGUAAUCCCAGCCAGCUGGAGGCUGAGGCAGGAGAAUCGCUUGAACCCAAGAGGCAGAGGUUGCAGUGAGCCGAAAUCAUGCCAUUGUACUCCAGCCCGGGCGACAAGAGCAAGACAUCGUCUAAAAAAAAAAAGCAAAAUUUUACAACCUGGCAGAUGCUAUGAAAGAAAGAGGGGAGGGGAGAGAGAGAUUUUACUUUUCUUUCAGAUAGAGGACCUAUAGCGACAACUCCACGGAGUUUACCCAACUGAACACGAGUAAAACUUUUAAGAUUAUCCUGUCAGUAAUAUGUAAAACUACACUAUACCUGCCAUUGUAAAAAUUCGCGGCGGGGCGCAGUGGCUCACGCCUGUUAUCCUAGCACUUUGGGAGGUCGAAGCGGGCCCUAGAGUUCGAGACCAGCCCGGGAAACAUGGUGAAACCCCGUCUUUACUGAAAACACAAAACCUAGCCGGGCGCGGUGGCGGGCGUUUGUAAUCCCAGCUACUUAGAAGGCAGAGGCAGGAUAAUCGCUUGAACCGGGGAGGCGGAGGUUGCAGUGAGUCGAGAUACCGGCUUGGGUGACAGAGCGAGACAACGUCUCAAAAAAAAAAAAAAAAUUGCUACAAUUUAUGGUGGACUAUUCCCCUUUUUGUCUCAUCGCAACACAGCACUACCUUAAAGCAAAGCAAAGUCAAUAAUGGAAAAGCCUUUCUUUCCUAAUAAAAGGGAGAUUCGGUGCUUAAGAUGAAUAAUGUAGUAGUUACACUUGAUAAACGCCAUCCUCUGCGCAAGGAGAGGCUGAAGAAGGCAUUCUAAGGAGAAGGGACAGGAUGGGAACUCGGACCCAUUCCACUGAGCCGAGACAAGGUUCUGCUUUAGUCAGUGCUGCCUGACAAUCUAUUUUCACAAAGUUGUCCAAAAAAAUAUCAUGAUCAGAACUGGGAAUCGGUGUUCUGUGGUCUGGGCCCUAAAAAAUCUUCCUAUGAAUUCGACGUAGUCGAGGUGAACCACGUCUGCUCUGCAGAGAAUAGAAAAACGGCCCUCUGAAGCCUCUAGCUAUUUUUGCCUUUAAGGAAGGUAGGAAGUAGACUCAAAGCCUUUCUCCGACGUGGGGGAGGGGCGGCGUCCUUCCUCAUGGCCGGAAAUGGAACUUUAAUUUCCCGCGCCCCCCUCCCGCGAGAGUUAGCUUGGCCAAUCCGCGCGGUCGGCGACCACUCUCUUUAUAAGCCGACUCGUCGGGCAGCGCGCCGGGUUGCGGAGGGUGGGCCUGGGAGGGGUGGUGGCCAUUUUUUUUCUAACCCUAACUGAGACGGGCGUAGGCGCCGUGCUUUUGCUCCCCGCGCGCUGUUUUUCUCGCUGACUUUCAGCGUUCGGAAAAGCCUCGGCCUACCGCCUUCCACCGUUCAUUCUGGAGCAAACAAAAAAUGUCAGCCGCUGGCCAGUUCGCCCCUCCCGGGGACCUGCGGCGGGUAGCCUGCCUAGCCCCCGAACCCCGCCUGGAGGCCGCGGUCGGCCCGGGGCUUCUCCGGAGGCGCCCAUUGCCGCCGCGAAGAGUUGGGCUCUGUCAGCCGCGGGUGUCUCGGGGGCGAGGGUGAGGCUCAGGCCUUUCAGGCCGCAGGAAGAGGAACGGAGCGAGUUCCCACGCACGGCGCGCUUCCCUGAGCUGUGGGACGUGCACCCAGAACUCGGCUCACACAUGCAGUUCG